AUGCGGAUCGUCCGGUGGCUCUACCUCUCCGGGCUGGCGCUGGCCGUGCUGAUCCCAGCGGGGUGGCAGAUGGGCCCCGAGGACUUGGAUGCCGCGUCCAGGUGGCAGUCGUACGGAUCGCAAAGCGCCCAAAGCUUCGCGUCCGACGUCAAGCGGCACUCGGAAGGCACCUUCACCAGCGACUUCACCCGCUACCUGGACAAGAUGAAGGCCAAGGACUUUGUGCACUGGCUCAUCAACACCAAGCGCUCCACGAAGAGGGACGUGAAGGAGGAGCCCCGCAGCAGCCCCUUCCCGGCCGCCUUCCCACCGCUCAGCGUUAACGAGGUGGGAUCGUUUGCAUUCAUAGGGGAUAUGAUCGUGUUUCGGUCUCGUUGA